AUAAAAACUAAAGCUAAAUUAUAUAUAUAGUCGUUUAAAUAAAUAAUAAAUAAUACUUGAAUGAUAGAAUAAGAAUAUACACACAUAUAUAUACUUAUAUAUUUUAAAAUAUAAUAUAGUUUUUUUUAAUUUUUAGAUUUUAAUAUUAAAUAUAUACGAUAAUAGUCUAAUAGUAAUCUAAAAAUGGAGGAUAAAAGCAAAGAGCAAUCACCUCCACUGUUAUCUUUAGAGCAACAACAGCAACAACAGCAACAACAGCAACAACAACAGCCAAAAGAGAUAGUAGAGUUAGAAUUAGAAAAAAGUUUAUUAAAAUCAAAAGCAGAACAUAUUUAUAUUUUGGUUAAAGAUUAUACAUUCCACAGGGCCGAAAGAGUUUUAUGGUACUUUAAACAUUUAUUAUCAUCCUCAUCAACAAAUUGUAUAAAGAUCACAGAAAAAGAUGAGGGAAUAAUAGUACUAUACGCGUUAUUAGAAUAUGGAAGAGUAUUGGAUUUGUUUAAUUAUUAUAAUCCAAUAUUAAAUUCCGAUCCAUUAACUAUGGGCAUCAUAAAUUACAACCAACCACAAACACAACAAAAACAGGAUGAUUAUUAUAUAUAUUACGAUAAAGAAAAAAUGAAACUACCACAUAUUUCAAUGAUACCAAAAACUCAAGUAUCAGUAGUGUCAAUGAAGUAUAGAUUUGUAUUUGCUUUGGAUAUGUCACCAAGUAUGUCUAGCGUCGAUCCAGUCAGUGGUAAAGUCUUAAUUGACGAAUUAGUACAUUCAUUAGAUUCAAUAUUAUUGGCAUUAUCUUUGCCAUUUGAAAUGCCAGGUAUUUCAAAUAAUUUGAAUUUUUCACCAAUAAUUUAUUUAACAGUAAUAGCACAGGGUAUUGUACCAGAGCAUUUUAGAGUUUUAGUUCAAGGUGCUAUUUUAACGAGAAAAAAUGUAUUAUGUAUUAUUAAAGAUAUUAAAGAGCAAUUGGAUAUUUUAGAGAAUGAAAUUGCAUCAUCGAUUCAACAACAGCAGUUACAUUUAGAAAGACCCACAUCAGAUUUUACAUUGAUGUUCCAAAAUUGCCAAACAGCAUUAUCAUUAUUACCAUCCACUGCAUGUCCAUCGAUAAUAAUUUUGACAGAUGGUGUUAUAUCAUUAGCAGAAAACGAAUUUAAAAUUGUUGAAAAUACAAUAAUGACAUUUAAUAGAAACGAUAUAUCAUGUUCAAUUGUACAAGUUGGUAGUGGGUCAUAUAUCCAUUGUGAUUUUGGGUACUCACCAGAUUCGGAAAAUUUAAGAUUUUUAGCGAUGAAUACAGGUGGUUUCUUUUUUGAUCAAUCAAUGAUACCUAAAUUUACAAGUAGAGACACAAGAAGAGUUUUAAAUCUAAAAACAUCAGAUCUCGCUCACCCAACCAGAGAUAAAGUUAGUUAUAUACAAAAUUUAUUAUUUUUUAAAGAGUUUACACCGAACAAACCAUCAACAGCUGCCUCUUCAACAAGUUCAUCACAAACAACUCCUCAAAUUAGGCAUUCAAGAUCAAAUUCAAGCACAAGUAGUUCAUCAUUAUCAUCUCAACAACAGCAAUCAUCUUCAACAUUUAUUAUCCAGCAACAAGCCACCUAUGUACCAAACAACUUUUACCCAUCCAAAUCAACUCCACAAGAAAAUACCACAGUUUCUCCUGAAAUCGUAAUUAAUAAUAUGGCGAAUAUUCAACAUAUUAUGGCUAUAGAUUAUCCUUUCCCUUGGAUUGGCAAACCACCCACAGUUCCACUUUUAAAAACUAUAGCUAAAGAGUACAUAGUCGAAGUCGAUAUUUUAAAAUUAUUGGAUCUUAGAGUACGUGAAGGUUUCAACGUCCGAUUGGUUACAUUUAAAAAGCCAGAUCCUGAGUUGGAGAUUGUUUUAUCUUUUCAAUUUUUACCAAAUAUAAAGUUAGAAUAUAGAGUAAACUUUUUAAUAGAACCAGAUAAUAGUAAUGGUAGUGUUGGUAGCAGUGGUGGCAGUAAUAAGCUCAAUAAAAUUAAUAAUCAAAAUCAAUCAAAAGAUGAUUUAUAUAAACCAAAUGUUAAAGUUACUAUUGGUGUUAUGGCUUACUAUGAAUUUUUAAAGGAAUAUACUACAGGUAGCACAUCAAGCAGUGGUUCAAAGAAGCCUCCUUCGUCAAGUGUUGUAAAUUUACAAUCAUUUUUAAAUCAUAUUUAUGAAAAGGAUAGAUUACUCUCUUUAAUCUAUAUUCAAUGUCAACCUUCAUCGGUUCCACCACCACCAACCAAAGACCCAAUUCAAGCUUAUCAAACUCAAGCAAGUUCAUUCUUAAAGUUAUUAAACAACCUUGGUCCAUAUCAAAAUUGGGAGAGAUGGUUAAAAUUAGAGACAGUAAAUGUGUUAUUGAAACCAACAGUUGUGUUAAAUUCAGAUUUACAUUCAAGUCAAUCAAAUCAAAUAUUUAUAAAUAGUAUUCCUCAAUACACUAUUAGUUUUGAUUCUUCAAGAAAUACUUUAUUAAAAUUUUUUUCAAAAUGGGCAGAUCAUACAUUAAAUACUUCUUUUGGCCAUUACUUUGUUAAAUUCUUACCAACUUCAGCCUCGCCUUCAUUUAUUUCACCACCAUUACCUUCAUCCAAUGGCGACAAUAUUAGUAGUAGUCAUAGCAAUACACUUCACAUGCAUUUUCCAUCAUCUUCAUUCAGUGUCGUUAAAAUUCUUUGGGAAAUGAGCGGUUUUGCAAUUAUUAAUUUAUACUUUUUUUCAACUUCUGAAUAUAUAAGAGAAAGAACUUUAGCUUUAAUAAAAUUAGAAAUUUCAAAACUUUCAAUUCCAAUUAAUGUUUUUACUCAUGAAGAAUAUCAACCAACAAAUUUAAAUAAAAGUAACAAUAACGAAACUAAAAAUAAUAACAAUAAUAACAAUAACAACAAUAUUGAAAUACCAAAUAUUUAUCCAGUUUAUAUUUUCGAUAGAGAAAUAAAAAGAAUUUUAGUAAAAUAUGAAUUUGAACCAAUAUCUUUCCCUUCACCAACAAAUAGCAACCAAGUAUCACCAUCAUCAUCAAGACCAACAACACCAACAAGCCAAUCUUCAAGAGUUAAACCAUUUGGUUCAGUUACUACAGCUUUAAAUAUUAAUGGUAUACCACCAAAUAACAGUAAAGAGAAUUUAUUGGAUAAAUCACCACCUGCCACUUCAAGAGGAAAUGGUAGUAGUAAUAAUUUACAAUUACUUGGUAAUAGUGGUACAACUAAUAGUAGUAGUUCAAAUCCAUCAUCGUUAACUUCAUCACCUCCAUCAACUAUACUUCAAAAUAAUCCAACUGGUGGUAACCCAAAUAGUAAUACAAAUAAUAGUAAUAAUAGCAAUAACAAUCAAAACCAACCCAAUUAUUCAAUGAUUUCAAAUAGUAAUAAUAUCCAUACAAGUUUACAUUCAUUUCAUUUCCAUACUGCCAUGCCACAUUUAACCAACCCAAAUCUAAAAUAUUAUUUAUGGUCACAUAGAUGGACUUAUGAUUUAUGUGAUUCAAAGACAUGCGAACAGGCAUUAGGAUUUAUUACUCAAGAAAGAUUAAGUGAAGGUUUCCAAUUGGUAAAUUUAAAUACAUAUUUAUUUAUUAAAGAAAUUCCAUUAAAGAGUUUAAACCAACGUGUGUUGUCCACUAUCCAAUAUCUUGUUUACCUAAGAUCACCCAAUUGUAUAAUCAUUGAAUUUUGGAUGGAGCCCCAACGUGGUAUGUUUUAUUCAAAUAAAAAUUCAACACUCAAAUUAAAUGAAAAAGAUUUAUUCCUUCAUUUAAAGAAUUGGUUCGAAGAAUCCGAUGGCAGUAUUAUAUCUGCAUUAUCAAGUUUUAAUGACCUAUUAGCGAUUACACUCUCAUCGAGUCCAGAGAGUGAGUUGAAUCAAGUUUUAAAUCAAGAUAAAUCAGUUCAAUUGCUAUUUAGAGAGUUUGAAUUUGGCCAACCAGUUGUUCAAAAGCUAAUUGCCGAUAAACCUAUUUUUUCACUAGAAUCAAUAGUUUCAUUUUCAACAGAAACUCAAAAACUAUUCCCAAUUGUAAAUUUACCAACUAUUAAUAAAAAUAUUAGAGCCACACCAGAAGAUAAACAAAAAUCAAUUAAUGCAAACAUCAAGUUAUAUAAUCUUUUAUCAGAUAUUAUUAAAACUCUAAAUAUACUAGAGGUACCAUUAGAUAAAAUUCAAUUAGGUCCUUUGGAUAAAAAUAAAUUUAAAGGUGGAAAAUGCUUUAUUAAGGGUAUAAAUCAAUCCGAUUUUAUUUUAACGUUUUUACACCCACACCGUUUAAAACAAAACUCUGCCAGCAGCCAAGAAGAACAACAGGUUCAAGAUGAAGAGGAUAAAUCAUUCGUUGUAUCAUUUUAUGAAUGUUCAAUUAAAGGUUUUAUUGAUAUCAAUCAUUCAAAUACUGGAAUGGAUUUCUUUGAGCAGAUUUUUGACUCUAAUUCAACAUGUAAAAGCAGUGGCGGGAUUUUACCAGGUUGUAAUGGUAAAUCAAACGCCGUCAAUGAACCAUUACACCAAUUUUACGCAAGAAAGAAGAAUAGUUAUCAUGAAACUAUCUACCACACUACACCACAACACCCAUCAACUCGUCAAUAUAUUAGGACUGUUAGAAGUACUUUUGAACGUGCUUACAUCAAAGCACUUUACACAAAUUUACGUGAUAAGAUUCCAAUUGAAACAAAAGAUUUCCUUUCAUCGAUUCCAACUUGCAAAGAUUAUUUUGUAGAUAUCGAUAUCACUCAAUUCCUUCGUAUUCUUCAAAAAUCACAUCCAAAUAGCAUUGCAAGUUAUCUUAAAGAUAGAUUUACUCCCCAAGUAAUGACAUCAUUCACCCAAAUUUCUAAUACAGAUUAUUUUUAUUAUGAUAAAAAAAUAAGUUCGUCAAAUAAUAUUAAUAACAGCAGCAGUAACAAUAAUAAUAAUAACUCUUCAUUAAAUAAUAAUGGAUCUUCUGAAGAAACUACAGAAAAAUCAGAUACUGAUGAUGAUAAUGAUGAAGAUGAUGAUAUCACUAGCGGCAGCAAUACAGAAGAGGAAUCUACUUCAACACCCAACAAAAAUAAAAAUAGCAGUGACUCUUUCGAAAAUCAAUCAGAUAAUAUUGAAAGAAAAUUACAAAUUAUUUUAGGUGAAAUUGGUAAAAAUACAAUUGAUCAAAAGAAUACAACUAUUGGUAUGUUUCCAUUACCAUUGUUUUUAAAGAUGGAGUUUGUAGUUUAUCAUAAUAACCCAGAGUUCCAAUCUCCAUCUUUAGAAGGUGAAGGUCCAGGUGUAGGUCCAACUAAUUUCGAAAUGCCUGGUUCAACCAACUAUAAUUACCAAUAUAGAUUUACUUCAGAGAACCUAGAGUCAAAUCCAACUUUAUUGGCUGAAAUUUCACCAAUUAAAUCUUAUAUUAGAUUUAGAUGUAUUGUUUUACCACCAAUUUCAAGUAAACCCUCUUUAUCAAUUCCUCACCAUCGUCAACAACAUCAUCAUGGUCUUCAUAAUACAAGAUCCACAUCAAGCACCAAAGGUAGUAUAGGCAGUAGCAGCGAAAGUAUUGGGCCAUUAUCAAGUUUACAUCAUAGCUCAAAUACAAAUCAAUCUACAUUUAUCGAAUCAUUAAAAGCCAAUUUACCAAAAUAUCUCUGGGGCACAAUGAAAACACACCGAAAAUCUGUAAUCUCGGUUUUAUCAGCUGAAAUUUUGGAUUGUCUUAGAACCAUCAGACCAAUUACUAAAUAUAUUGUAGAUUUGGUAAUCUAUCAUUUAAAUAGAUUAAAUAGCUUUAAAUCAAAAUAUCAUCAUCUUCAUACUCAGUCUAUAAAUAUGAUUUUUGUUGAUGCCAAAGAAGGUAGCUUAUUGUUUCCACAACAGUUUGAACAACACAGUAAAAUGAAAUUCAAAAAAUUUGGAACUGAUACAUUUAUUUAUUAUCAAGAGUCUCAAAAGUUCAAACCAACAUUAUUAAAAGAACCAACAACAAUAUCAACAUUACCACAACCCCAAAAUAAAAUUAUAAGUGGUCUAGUACAAUCAAGUUCAAAUAAUUCUUUAUCAUCAUCUGUUGAUAAUCAAGAAAUAGCUGUUAGAAAUAGUAGUGAUCAAAUUAAUGUAAGUGGUGGUCUUUCAAAUCCAUUAAGUAAUAGCUCUUCUCAAAUUUGGAUGUGUGAUCUCAAAGGUAUGGAUAGUACACCCAUUUCAAGAGAAUCAAUUGUUAGUACAAAUAGUGGCAGUAGUGGUAAUAUUAGUAGUAUGGCCGAUAAUACAUCCAAUAGUGUCAAUCCCGGUGAUUCUUCAGACUCGUUCUCAAAGAAUGAAGAUUUUACUAUACCAUAUUGGUUAGUUAUGUAUUAUAAUUCCACCACAAACACCAUUAAAAUUCAAUUUUUUUCAUCUAUUUCAACCAAGGCUUUUAUUAAAGAACAACAACAAAAUUUACUUUGUCAAUUGGGUCUUACCGAUCAAAUUUUGGUUAAUAAUUCAAACAAUCCAAGUAAUCAACUAUUAUCACAAUCUAUGCCUGUUACUCCGACCCAUCAUAGCGAUAUUAAUUCUAGCAAUAGUAAUAGUAUAGAUUCUACCCUAUUGAGUUCAACAACCAAUCAAUCACAGCAUCCUAUUCAUCACCAACAUUCAAAGAGUGCACUUUCAUCACCACAUGUUGAGCCCUCAAAGCAACGUUCAUCAAGCCAUUUAAAUUUAACCAAUUUAAAUCAACAACAACAACCAACUGGUAUAAGUUCAAGUGGGUCAAAUACUCCACAAUCCGGUGGUAAAUCAAUUUUAAAUACAAAUAUGGAGAUUAUAGAAUCAUCAGCUAAUAGUACACCACAACCAAACAUUAUGCAUGGUAUUGAUAUUUUAACAACAUCAAUGGAUUCAAUAUUUACAAAUAAUAAUAAUGGUAGUGUUUGUAUUCAUAAAUUUAACCCUAAAGAUGAACAAGAGUUAAUUAAGGUCUCGAUUGCAGAGGUUGUAAAAAGAGUUAAUCAAUUGAUUCUAUUAAACCAAUUAGAUGAGUUUAGAUCUUGUAGUCCAUUAUUAAUACCUCCGGAUGAACAACCUCCUCCACCCCAGGUUCAGGCUCCUCUACCAAAACCAUUGCUAAUGGCAAAACAGUCUCCAGUAAGUAAACAGCCACCAUUAACAUCAAGAUUCCAACAACAGCCAAUAAAACAACAACCUCAAAAGAUGUCUGCAUUUUCAUCAUUUUCAAAUCAUUAUGAUGAGGAUCACUAUUAUAUUGCUUACGAUAAGAAGGGAAAUAAAAUUAAAAAGCCAUUACCCUUUGUUUUUGGUGAAUUUACAUGUCCUUUGGUUCACACAAUGUAUUUCCCACUACACGAAAGAUUACAAGCAACCAAUGCCAUCAGAGGUUUAAAUUCUAAUGUACUUCAUGCGUUCUCAAUAAGUAACCGUAAGAAAAUGUAUGUUUAUCGUGAAAUGGGUGGAAAUAUAUUUUAUAUGAAGUUAUCUGAACCCCAAACUGUAAAUUCGAUUGAAUUUUUCAAUUCUCCACAACAAUCUCCGCUACAAUCUCCAAGUACUUCGCCACCAAAAGAAUCUUAUAUUAAUCAAGUAGCCCUAUUAAAGCAAAGAUCAACCAUUCAGCCACCUUCAUCACAAACCCCAUUAAAUCCACCAUUAACAACAGGAUCCACUCCUAAUUCCCAAGCACAACCACAACAGGACCAACUUCAAUUCCUCAGUUUAGAUGUUUAUGGUAUCGAUUUUCCAGGUGUUGAAAUUACACAACAAUUAUCCCAGUUGAUUGAAUCUAGACUAUCCUCAAUUACAUUACAAUAUAUCUCUGGUAUGAUUAUUCGUAACCCAAUGCUUAAACUUACACCACAAGAUAUUGAUUUCAUUAAACCUCCUACAAGUAUACCAACUGUUGUAACUAUUAAAAUUCCAGACCAAUGUGGUAUUCUAGAUCCAUAUUUAUUUUUAUUGUUUUUAAAGCAAAACUUUUUACAAUAUCUUAAUAUACUACAUUUGGCAACCAUUCAAUCACCAACCAAUAAUUUGGUCACAACAACAACAAGCAGUUUAACCACUACAACUAAUACAACUAAUCUUUCACCAUCAAGCAAUACAAUCUCAACGACAACUACAACUACCACAACCACCACUACAACCACAACUUCACCAAUUCAAACAAACAACACAGAUUCUAAUAAUUCACCAUCAUCAUCUUCAAAUGAAGUUCCUGUACCAACAGUGGCACCAACAGUAGCAAUCACCCCUGCAAUAGCAACAGCAACAGCAACAGCAACAGCAACAGCAUUAAUUAAUAGUCCACAAUCUACAGGUAGUGAAACCAUUAAUCCAUUGUCGGCUACAUCUGAAAUUUUACCAAGUUCGAGUACCAAUAUGUCAUCAUCAACAAAUAGUUUAUUUAGUAAUAAUAGUUCAAAUAGUGGAUUGGGUAAUAAUACAAACACAGCAUCAGGUAUUGGAAUUAAAGAAAGUUUUGAUUUGAAACAAAGUGAUUUCACAUUCCUUUAUAAUUUUAUAGCAUCUACAACUUCCCAAUCAACAUUUUCUUCAAUUGGUCAAGGUAUAUCAUACAUUGUUGUUUCAUUGUUAAAUCAACAAAACACAGUUAUGAACUCAAUUCCCAAGUCAAACUGUCUUAAAGAUUUAAAUCAAUUUACAGUGCAACAAAAGAAUGAAUUUAUUAAUGAAACAUUAAGGGGUGUUGAAGUUAUAUCCCAACAAGAGCCAGAUUUGUCAUCAGCAUCAAAUAAUUCACAACCAAUUGAAAGCUCAUCAUUAUUAGAUGGUAUAGAGGAUUGGAGUAAUAAAAUUCAAUUAAAACUAUGGUUUAAAGGGACAAUUAACAAUCAGUUAUUGGUUGAUAGAUUGGUGCAAUCAAUUAACCAAACACUUGGUGAAUACAUUCUUGAAAAUAUUUUAAUUCCAGGCACAGUUUCAACGAAUCAAAUUGGUGAACAAUAUUUAUUACCAAGCAAAAAGAUUUUCCAAAGAGGUAGACAAUUAUCCGAUAUCUCAAUAAGUGAAACCAAACUUAAUAUUCAAAAUCUUUCGACUUGGGCUACAGAUAGUUUUAUUUCUGAAAUCAGUGAAAUAAUUAACGAUGCAAAUUAUAAACUGGCUUCAACUGUUUUAUAUCAAAGUGAUCCAUCUUCAUCUGUUUAUUCAAACUAUAAACCAAAACCACGUCAAAUCACUUUAGCUGUUAAUACAAAUAAUCAAGACGAUUCAAUUUUAAUUGAUGAUUCAUCACCAUCAAUUCAAAGUAAUCAAUAUAUUCAACAGUAUCAACAACAACCACUUAUUAAUUUAUUGAAUAAAAACAAAUACAGGUUAUAUUUAUUCUCUGGUAAAAAUAUUAUAAAUGAAAAUGAAAUAACAUCACUAAAUUUGAAUCAGCAAGUGCCACCCAACCAACAAUCAUCUUCAACAACGUCGAUAUCAUCACAAUCAUCUCAGUCUCAACACACCUCAAGUACUAAUAAUUUACCAAAUGAGAUUUUAAAUAAUUCAUCAGACACCUCACUUUACACCAAUGAGGGCCUAUACUAUUCCCAUAUUAAAGAUCCUCAAUUAAAUUCAAUUAUUAUGAGACAUUGCAAUUUAAUAGCAUUUAUUAGUUCCGAUCAAAUUGUAAUCUACACCUAUAAUUGGAGUUCUACCAAAUUAGAAUUUUUACAAGCUGGUCUAAAUCGUGUACAGUCAUGGUUCACAUUAAGAAGAAAUCUAUUAAAUAAUGUAUUACACCAAAAAAUGGGGUUGUUUAACCAUGUUGCUCCAUUUAAUAGUUCAUCAGUUGUAAACUCAUUCUUUAAUGGUGAAAAAAUGGGGCCAACUGUCAAAUACACCUACGAUAAUGUUGAUUUACUUAUUGGUAAUCAAAAACUUCCAAAGAAAUCAAAUGUAAAUGUUGGUGCCGCAAACACUGCCUCAUCAUCAACCUCUAUAUCAUCUUCAACAGGAAACCAAAAUAAAUCGAAUACAGGUACACCAACAACCUCAACUAAUACAACAUUAACCACUCUACCAAAUAAAGAGGAUUUACAAUCACUUCAAAAUCCAUCACCAAGACAAAAAUCUAAACCACUCACAAAUAUUAGCUACCAACAGUUACCCUCAAUCCCAAUACAACAACCCAGCCAAUUAUCAAAUCAGAAAAAGAAAAAUAUUUUAUCUAUACCAGAUUUUGAAAAUAUUUUAAGAGAAUAUUAUCCAUCUCCCCAAAUUACAGUAUUUUAUGAAUCAAGAUUACCAGUUAUUAUCGAGCCAUUAGCCAGAUAUGUGGGUCAAAUUAAAAGUAUUGCAAAUUAUGUCGAAAAAACAUCAGAGGCAAAAAGAAUGUUUGCACAGGCUCGUUCAUUCUUUACAGACAGUGAUAAGACCCCUUCAACCCAACAAUUAGAAACUAUUAUGAAAAUGUCUCGAUUAGUUCAUUUUAGAUGUGUACCAUUCCUUUAUGACUAUUUCAUACCAAAAGACUCAUUAUCAUCUGUUGUAGAGCAACAAUACAUUUCACCUACUUUGGUUGGUAUUGUUAUGGCUCCUAAAGGUUCAUCUAAUAAUUUACCAACUUUAAAUUACAACUCUACUGAAAAUAGCAUUAUAAAUUCAACACUUCACAUUAAUCAAUGGAAAUUGAAUAUGAUGGAACAAUUUGUUGAAGAAUAUAUCAAAUAUAUGGAAAAAGUAUUACGAUCAAAUAAAAUUGUAAUUUCAAAUCUACCACCAUCUCCAUCCAAUACCCCCAACAAUAGCGAGCUAUCACUUGGUAACAUUAACAAGUUUAUUUUAAAUUGCCAAUUAAAGGCAUACUUGCAACAAAACUUUAAAGGGGGUUCUUUGCUUAUCAAGAUUGGUUUCCGAGAUCUUUCUGUCACUUGUGAAUUGUUUGCUAUUCUUUUGCCAUCAGCCAAACAGUCAACUACUGAUAAUUCCAAACCACUAUCAACUUUAUUUGCAGAGGAGUAUGGUAUCUUUACUCAUCAUUUACAUCUUAAUUCAUUUGUAUACGAUUUCCACUUAAGAAAACUUCAAUCAUUUUUAGAUGGUAAUCAUUUACCAAAAGUUAAUAAUAACGAUAGUAGCAGUAAUAAUAACGAAGAAAAUUUAUCGAGCCUACCUCCAAAAUAUUUCAUUGAAAUGAUGCACUCAAUGCCAAACUACUAUCCAAAACCACCAGCACAUUCGUAUUCUCAUUUAUAUGAGUCAACAUAUAUAUUACCAAUUCCAAUCAAACCAUCAGAGUUAUUCAAUUAUAUAGUAAAGAAUGUGGCAUCUUAUGGCAUUUCAAAUCUUAAUCAUAUUGGAGUUUAUCCAGCUAUUCAGUUUAAUAUAAGUCCAGGAGCUGACAUUCAUUCUCACUAUACUUCACAUUCAUCACAAAUUGAAUAUAAAUGGACAUGUGUAGUGUUUUGUUUAAAUUGUGACGAAAAUUCAAAUAGUAACGAAGAUAAUUCAAAUAAUAAUAUAGCUAAUAAUAAUAUUAAUAAUAAUAUUAAUAAUAAUAAUAAUAACGAGAAAGAUAAUAGUCAUACUAUUGUAAAUGAAUCAAAUCAUUCAAUUAAAUUACAAUAUUUUAUAUUAAAAACAGCUACAAAUACUAGUUUCCCACGUGUUGAUAAUAUAUAUCAUAGUAAUAAUUCUACAAAUAUGUCCAUGGGUUCUGUUGCUUCAUUCAAUAACACUGGAAAUAGUAAUUUACAUCAUAUCUCUAGUCAUCAUAACCAUUAUCAUAGCAUGAAUAAUCUUGGCUCAAGAAAUUCACUUACACCAACUCUUACAAGUACUCCUUCACCAAAUAUUAUCGAACCAACAUCUCAUCAUCAAAGAUCUCACAGUCAUCAUCAUCUUAGUCAUCAACUACAACAAUCACCACAGCUACAAAAACAAAAGCAAAUGCCAUCAACUAAACAGCACCAAGAUUCACCUUCUUCAACUAUCUCAUCAUCUUCAUCAUCUUCUUCUUCUUCAAAUUCAUCAACAACUAAUUCAAGUAUUGGCAAUUUAAACCCAACAACAGCCUCUUCUACAUUUAUUAAUCAAAAGACAAUGGAACAAUUAGAAAAGAAUUAUAAAGCAAUGUCAUGGGCAGAAGAAAUCGCUAGACAACGUAUUUAUAAAUUUGUAGUUGGAUCUAGUGUAGCUUAUCAACGUGAUAUGCUUUGGCUAAAACUUUUAAAUGGUAAUCCUUACGAACCAGCAUUAUCACAUCAAGAAUACAACCAUUUCAUGACCUUUAUCAAACACAGAUCAUUAAAAACAAUGGAUGAAUCUUUAAUUGGCUCAACCAACUUUUUCACAUAUAUGGGAGGUGUAUGGAAUGGUCUUUCAACUCAUUUGGUUAAAACUUGUGGUGAUCGUAUUCGUCAACUUUACAAUGAACCCUAUCACCAUCUUUUCAUUUUAAAUCCAAAGGCUGACUGUUUAAUGCUUGAACUCAUUUGGAAUGAAAGAGAAAAAGAUACCGAUGCUUUUAUUUGUCGUAGAGAUGACCAGUCAAUUUCAAAGGAAAGAGAAUUAGAAUUGGAUACAUUCGAAUUGGAGCAUGCAAGUCAAUUAAUUAAUACUUUAUGUCAUUAUCUUUGGAAACAAAUGUUAUUUUCAACUCCAAAAUCUUAA